UUAAAAGCAGGCAAAGGGGUUGAUGGGGACAGGAGGCACAGAUUCUGUUUUGGAAAUAUAAAAAUGAGCACUUGACGUACCCUGGCCUCAAGUUCCAUGAGCCCUUAGAGCUGAAAUUAAGAAAAGAAUGGCAAACUCUUCAAACAAGAGAGUCCUUCUCACUUCCAACGGCGACGUCGUUUCGAGCGGCAUUGCUUUUCACUUAGCCAAACAAGGAUGCAGGUUGCUCUUGCUGGGGAACGAGCCCAUCCUUCGAACCCUCGCUAACCAAAUCAACGCUUCCCUUUCCUUAGGGGAUUCUCAUCCCAAGGUUGAUGUGGUUGGAUUGGACUUGGAGGAUGAUAGAGAAUCGCUUUUUCUUGAUGCUGUUGAUAAGGCAUGCCAUAUUUUGGGAACCUUGGACGCUUUUGUAAACUCUUACACUUAUGAAGGGAAGAUGCAAGAUCCUCUAGAAUUAUCUGAGAGCGAGUUUAAGAGAAUAGCAAAGGUGAAUUUCAUGGCUGCUUGGUUUCUGUUGAAGGCUGUUGGUCAACGGAUGCGGGCCUCGAAGACAGGGGGCUCUAUUGUGUUCUUGACAUCGAUAAAUGGCUCUGAAAGAGGGCUUUACCCCGGUGCUGCUGCGGGUGCUGCCACCAUGGCUGGAGUACAGCAAUUAGUAAGGGCUUCAGCUAUGGAGAUAGGCAAGUACAAUAUCAGAGUUAAUGGCAUUGUGCGCGGCUUGCACUUGCAAGAUGAAUUCGCGGAGAAGUUUGUGAAGGAGGCAGCGCCACUUGAGAGAUGGCUCGAUGCUAAGAACGAUCUCGCCUCAACAGUGAUAUACCUGAUCAGUGAUGGUUCCCGCUACAUGACAGGAACAACCAUAUAUGUGGAUGGGGCACAGUCAAUAACCAGACCUCGAAUGCGUUCCUUUAUGUGAUUCUUUUCCCCUAUGCAUGUUAUGGUUAUGUUUGGAUUCUGUCUCAAAAACAAAAAUACAUGAUAGUAAACACACAACUCAUUUGGUUCCAAAGAUAGAGCAGGGAGAAAGUUUUCUGCCCUAGAAACAAAAUAAAAAAUAAAAAAAUUCUUCUAUUUUCUGUGUUUUCGAAAAAUGAGAAAAAAAAUAUUCAUCUAUCUAUUUGUGUUUUUUUUGUCUGUUUUUGUUUUAGAGACAAAAUCUAAACACGAGCUGCAAGAGAUGUUAGUCAUGCAUGGAUUUUCUCCUUUUUUUUCUUUGCUUUUUUCUUUUUGUUUUAUUUUAUUUUAUAUUAUUUUAAAAAACAAUAUCUAGAUGGACAUGGUGCACAUCAUUAUUUGGA